AUGACAACCCAGGUACCCAAUAACACUAUAUCAAACCUAGUGAGGACAACCCAGGUACCCAAUAACACUAUAUCAAGCCUAGUGAGGACAACCCAGGUACCCAAUAACACUAUAUCAAGCCUAGCAAGGACAACCCAGGUACCCAAUAACACUAUAUCAAGCCUAGUAAGGACAACCCAGGUACCCAAUAACACUAUAUCAAGCCUAGUUAGGACAGCCCAGGUACCCAAUAACACUAUAUCAAGCCUAGUGAGGACAACCCAGGUACCCAAUAACACUAUAUCAAACCUAGUGAGGACAACCCAGGUACCCAAUAACACUAUAUCAAACCUAGUGAGGACAACUCAGGUACCCAAUAACACUAUAUCAAACCUAGUUAAGACAACCCAGGUACCCAAUAACACUAUAUCAAACCUAGUGAUGACAACCCAGGUACCCAAUAACACUAUAUCAAACCUAGUUAAGACAACCCAGGUACCCAAUAACACUAUAUCAAACCUAGUAAGGACAACCCAGGUACCCAAUAACACUAUAUCAAACCUAGUGAGGACAACCCAGGUACCCAAUAACACUAUAUCAAGCCUAGCAAGGACAACCCAGGUACCCAAUAACACUAUAUCAAACCUAGUUAGGACAGCCCAGGUACCCAAUAACACUAUAUCAAGCCUAGCAAGGACAACCCAGGUACCCAAUAACACUAUAUCAAGCCUAGCAAGGACAACCCAGGUACCCAAUAACACUAUAUCAAACCUAGUGAGGACAACCCAGCCUAGUGAUGACAACUCAGGUACUUAUAACACUAUAUCAAACCUAGUUAGGACAGCCCAGGUACCCAAUAACACUAUAUCAAGCCUAGUUAGGACAGCCCAGGUACCCAAUAACACUAUAUCAAGCCUAGUUAGGACAGCCCAGGUACCCAAUAACACUAUAUCAAGCCUAGUUAGGAAAGCCCAGGUACCCAAUAACACUAUAUCAAGCCUAGUUAGGACAGCCCAAGUACCCAAUAACACUAUAUCAAGCCUAGUUAGGACAGCCCAGGUACCCAAUAACACUAUAUCAAGCCUAGUUAGGACAGCCCAGGUACCCAAUAACACUAUAUCAAGCCUAGUUAGGACAGCCCAGGUACCCAAUAACACUAUAUCAAGCCUAGUUAGGACAGCCCAGGUACCCAAUAACACUAUAUCAAGCCUAGUUAGGACAGCCCAGGUACCCAAUAACACUAUAUCAAGCCUAGUUAGGACAGCCCAGGUACCCAAUAACACUAUAUCAAGCCUAGUUAGGACAGCCCAGGUACCCAAUAACACUAUAUCAAGCCUAGUUAGGACAGCCCAGGUACCCAAUAACACUAUAUCAAGCCUAGUUAGGACAGCCCAGGUACCCAAUAACACUAUAUCAAGCCUAGUUAGGACAGCCCAGGUACCCAAUAACACUAUAUCAAGCCUAGUUAGGACAGCCCAGGUACCCAAUAACACUAUAUCAAGCCUAGUUAGGACAGCCCAGGUACCCAAUAACACUAUAUCAAGCCUAGUUAGGACAGCCCAGGUACCCAAUAACACUAUAUCAAGCCUAGUUAGGACAACCCAGGUACCCAAUAACACUAUAUCAAGCCUAGUGAGGACAACCCAGGUACCCAAUAACACUAUAUCAAACCUAGUGAGGACAACCCAGGUACCCAAUAACACUAUAUCAAGCCUAGUUAGGACAGCCCAGGUACCCAAUAACACUAUAUCAAGCCUAGCAAGGACAACCCAGGUACCCAAUAACACUAUAUCAAACCUAGUGAGGACAACCCAGGUACCCAAUAACACUAUAUCAAGCCUAGUUAGGACAGCCCAGGUACACAAUAACACUAUAUCAAACCUAGUUAGGACAACCCAGGUACCCAAUAACACUAUAUCAAACCUAGUGAUGACAACCCAGGUACCCAAUAACACUAUAUCAAACCUAGUUAAGACAACCCAGGUACCCAAUAACACUAUAUCAAACCUAGUAAGGACAACCCAGGUACCCAAUAACACUAUAUCAAACCUAGUGAGGACAACCCAGGUACCCAAUAACACUAUAUCAAACCUAGUGAGGACAACCCAGGUACCCAAUAACACUAUAUCAAACCUAGUGAGGACAACUCAGAUCCAACCUGGCAUCUGA